GAUGUGCCGUCUUACCCGCCUAGAAUAAAUACUACCAUGCCACCUAAAGUUGAAACCCCAAUCACCUUUGGCGAUUCGUACCUUGUCUGUACCUGAUUGAUUACCUACCUAUAAUAAGGUAAUAAGGGUCUUACAGUACUGCGGACUUGUAGCUUCCAUCACUUUUGCCCUUGAAGCUCAAGCACAUCCUCCCGGAAGCCAUACAUCCCAAAAGGGAUAUGACGACAACCUGCCUACAUAUUUUGCAUGUAGUUACUUCCCUUUUUUUCGAACUCACAGCCAAACAAACCCUGCUUCGACAUUUUGGCGAUGAGAUGAAAAGUCUCCAACCCUGCACGGAGCCUGGAACCUAAAAGCAAGCGCUUAGUCUGCGCCCAACAACCGCCUCAAACUAUGACGCUUCUUGAAUUUAGUCCGUGGGCGCCGGCAAUCCUGGUCCCGGUUGCGCUAAUUGUUCUGUACACUUUUCUCGCAGCACCUCGACUAAAGCGGAAUGGCAUCCCGCUCAAGACGCCGCGAGAUUCGCUACCAUUUGUCGGAAAUGGCAUCGUUUUUUUGCAGCCCAGGCAGAAGCUGUUCGCGUGGUUUCACCAGCGCGAGCGGGAAUUCGGUCUGGAGACGUACCAGAUCACGGUCCCGACGCUGCCUCCCGGUGUCGUCAUCAGUGACCCAGUGUGCCUGGAGUAUGUCUUCAAGAACGAGACGCUCUUCAACAAGGGCGCGUUUUUCAAAGAGCGAUCCGACGACCUGUUUGGCCAUGGCAUCAUCAACGUCGAUGGCGAACCGUGGAGGGCUCAGCGGAAAGCUGGUCUGAACUUUUUAAAUACGACCAAUCUGCGGGUGUUAACCGAUGUGGCACUUCCUCGUUAUCUGAACGAAAAUAUCGGAUGGCUGAAAAACAAGGCGGACGGAGAGACCGUGGCAGAUCUCCAAGAAGUCUUUCAUAGGAUUACUUCCCAGUUGAUGGGUAAAAUGGCGUAUAACAUGGAAAUGCACGCCGGUGACGACUUCAGCGUUGCAUUUGACUAUGCAUCGGGAGCCACAGCGGAGCGGUUCCAGAACCCUCUUUGGUUCAUUACGGAGUUUUUUACGGGCUCUAGAUUACGGCGCUCUCUUGCUAUAGUAAAGGAGCACGGCCGAAAGAUAGUUGCCAAUGCAACAUGUGAUCGCAAAGCUGCUGAGAAACUUUCGGCAACUUUGCCCGGUGUCGACGCAGACUCAGAACAUGAUGGUUUAGAGGAGAUAUCGGGGAGCUUGAUACAAUCUCUUCUUGAUUGCAUAGGGGAUGAAAAGCUGGUUGCUGAUGCCGCUCUUAAUUAUUUGUCUGCUGGGCGAGACACUGUCGCACAAGCGUUGACUUGGACAUCAUAUCUUCUCAUGCAACAUCCAGAGGCGAUUGAGCGCAUACGUGCUGAAACAGCAGAACUAAUCAGCCCAAUGGAUGGUUCCGCGGGCAACCACACCACUCUGCUCAAGCCACCUUCGGCACCUUAUACAAUGGCGGUAUUCUACGAAACGAUGCGCUUUUACCCACCGAUACCUUUCGAAAUCAAGCAGUGCGUCCGGGAGACAACACUUCCAGACGGUACCUUUCUGCCAGCCUCGUCAGUCGUCGUCUGGUGCCCUUGGGCCAUGAACAGGUCUAAAGCAAUCUGGGGCUCGGACGUCGACGAAUUCCGGCCUGAAAGAUGGUUAUCUCUUGACGGUAAAUCUUUUGCCUCCCGGAGCGCGGCUGAAUAUCCCGUUUUCAACGGCGGUGCUCGAAUGUGUCUGGGCAAGAAGAUGGCAGAUAUCAUUGCGGUGCAAGUGCUGCCGUCAAUUGUCACGAAUUUUGAUUUCAGGCCUGCUUAUGAAAAGCAGCAGGAACGAGUGAGCAAGAGCUCGCUGACACUGCCAAUGCAAGAUGGAUUGCCGGUGUUUGUGAAGAGGCGGGAUGUUGCUAGGUAAUGCUCAGAUGGAUCAGGUUCUGAGGCCAAAUCCUGUCUUCACUACAUUCGAAUAGUUUGGUGCCGACAGAUUUUGGUCAUGGUCGCAAUGCUGUACUAUCUAAACAUCGGAAUAUUCUUGCCUGGUAAUCGUAAAGAAAUACUUGCCAGAUUUUUAUGAACAGGCUUG